GAAUACUAAAUAAAAGGCUCCAUUCUUACUCUUUCUCUCUCCUCCUUUUUUUACCACCUUCCACAUGCUCUAUAAAAGCGUGUACUUGCACUAAAUGCUCUAAAAAGAGCAUGAAGCGUUUUCUCCUCUCUUAUGAUCUUUUCCACUUUUCUUAAACCUCAAUCUCUUUACGUUUCUUCAAUGUGAAUGUAAAAACAUGUAUAAUGAAACACAAACAAACAUAAACAAAUAAAUCUAGCAUCAAAGUGUGUGAUCCAUGCCACUUCAGUGGUGGGAUUUGCAGAAAACCUGCAAAAAUGAAGAAUUUGAGAGCUUUUUUCUUUGUUUUGGCUUCUUUCAGCUGCUGUUCUUGUGUUUCAGCUACCUUUUCUCGCCGACAACCUCUCUACCCUCUCAACUUCAUAUUAGGUAAUGAGAAUUUGGGGCCAUUAAAUAAUGGAGUCCUAGGUGAAGCUCAAGCACCAGGCCCUGCAUUCAAUGAGCCCAAGGUCCCUCUGAUCUUGGCCGGAAACCGAACAAAGAGGCCAGAUAUUCUUCGAAAAUUUAGGAUUUAUCAGAGUGGAUGGGACAUCUCAAAUAAGCAUUACUGGGCUUCUGUUGCUUUUACUGGUGUUGCUGGUUUCAUCAUCACACUCGUAUGGUUAAUCUCCUUUGGUUUAACACUGCUUGUUCACCAUUGUUUUGGAUGGAGGAUAUGCUUCAAAGGAAAAGGAUCACCGCACUCUGAAAAGAUCCGUCUUGGGCUGCUAGUACUUUUCUCAUGUGCCUCCAUGGUGGGUUGUAUACUUUUAUCUGUUGGCCAACUUCAACUUCAUAGCGAAGUCUUGCAUACAUUGAAAUAUGUUGUAAACCAGUCGGACUACACAGCUCAAAUGCUAAGAAAUGUGUCUGACUACUUAUCUCUGGCGAAGUCUGUUAAUGUACCACAAUUCAAGCUACCACAGAGUGCCAUGCAGGAGAUGGAUGAGCUGCAUAUGCGGUUGAGUUCUGGCGCUGACACAUUAACUGAGAAAACCAAUCAAAAUUCUGUCAAAGUUAGAAGAGUCUUUAAUACUGUAAGAUCAGCGUUAAUUACUGUCGCUUCGGUGAUGCUUGUUUUAGUUCUAUUGGGUCUUGUACUUUCUCUCCUCAGGUGCCAAAAUGUGAUUCACAUAUUCGUUUUCAGUGGAUGGGUACUUGUAGCGAUUACAUUGACCCUCUGUGGAACUUUUAUGAUCUUUAAUUCUGCUAUAUCAGACUCAUGCGUGGCAAUGCAAGAGUGGGUAGAUAAUCCACGAGCUGAAACAGCUCUUAGCAACAUUCUUCCAUGCGAUGAUGAGCUAGCAACCAACCACACUCUGUUUGAAAGUAGAAAAGUUGUUAGCAUUCUCGUAAACACUGUCAAUACUUUUAUAUACACUGCAGCAAACACAGAUCGGCCACCUUCUGAUCAAUUCUAUUACAAUCAAUCUGGACCUGUGAUGCCCCCCCUUUGCUAUCCUUUUGAUGAUAAAAUGCAAGAUCGUGAGUGUUUACCUCACGAGGUGUCUAUGACAAAUGCUUCCAUGGUAUGGGCGAAAUACAUAUGCACAACAUCCUUGGAUAAUAAAAAUUGCACAAGUGCUGGCAGGUUGACUCCAGAAGUAUAUAGUCAGUUUGUGCUGGCAGUAAAUGCAAGUUACGCAGUGCUGCAUUACACCCCUGCCAUGCUCGACCUUCAGAACUGCAAUUUCUUACGGGACACAUUUAUGACGAUUACGUCAAGGUAUUGCCCUUCUUUGGAGCAUCACCUCCUGAUUGUGAAUGUAGGUUUGGGCUUUAUAUCUGCUGGUAUCAUGCUCUGCCUCAUUCUUUGGUUAGUCUAUGCAAACCGCCCCCAAAGGGAGGAAGUGUUUGUAAAAACCUCAUCAAUAAAGAGCAGUCGCAACAGGUUGGAUGAUCUCCGUGAAAACAGGGAUGGUCAUGUUAGUAUUGUAUCUUUAGUUGUAACAUCUCCAGCUAGAGUUGCUCCAGAUAUAGAAAAUUAAUUAUGACAUCGUUUUUUGGUCAUCUUUUUUUUUGCGCACUCCUACCUACUUAGUGCCAGUGGAACCAAGGUGGUGUCAACUGCCAAGCACCAUCUUGAGUUUGUGGUCUGUAGGAAAUAUGUGCUAUGUACCACAUUGUAUAGUAUAUUGUUUAAAACAGUUAAUUCUUGAGCUAUGAUCAUUGCCUUCAACA